GACUUGGGGUCAUCGCCCCCCUCAGCUGCUGAUGGGCCUUGACCUCACCAAGAUGGCGUCAGGACCAUGCCGAACCCUUUCCAAAAUGGCGACGCAGCUGUUCCGCCCAUCUGAAAGAUGGCGAAGGAACCAUUUCCGCCCUUCCUAGAGAUGGCGACCAUGCUGUUCACAGCCCUUCCUCCCCGCGGCGCUCGGGGAUGGUUUUGCGGGGCUUGUGGCACACCCGGGAGGACUCGUGGCAAGUUUGGGAGGUUCAGGAGGACUGGGCGCGUUUUUAACGCGUUUCAAACCCGCUUUUUGCGCCCAUCUCCACUCCCCGACCUUCCCAAAAUGGCGGCACCAUCGUGUCACUCUCUCAAGAUGGCGGCCCCCAGCUCUUCCCGCCUUUUUUCCGCCGCGGCGGCCGGAAGCUGCCUCAGGGCGUUUCCGGUUCCCUCCCGACGCUCCCUCGCGAAAUGGCGGCGGCCGAGGAGUUCCUCGCCUUCAACCCCGCCGGCCCCGCCGGCCCCGCCGCCGCCUCCCGGCGCCGCAACCGCGGGCCCCGCAACCGCAAGAAGGGCUGGAAGCGCUGGGGCGGCCCCGAGGCGCGGCUGGGCCGCGAAAUCGGCGAUUUCCUGGAGGAUGUGGGGCUGCAGGAGCGGGCGGCCGGGGGCCUGAUCUCGGAGCAGCCCAACGAGGACCUUUUCUUCCUGGACACCGGCAGCGCCCCCAAAAGCCAGCCCCUGAAGAAGAAGAAGCCCCCCCAGAAGCCCCCCCGGAAGCCUCUGCACGUGGACCUGGUGCUGCAGCCGCUCUCCAAGGUGCCGCCCCCCAAAAACAUCUGUGCCUACCAGACCCCGCACGGGCGGAAGGAGCGGCGCCGGCGGCAGUUUUGGGAGAAAAAAGCCGAAAUCGGGGAGUUCCCGCGGCAGGAGCGGCGCCUGCGGGCCCGGCUGGCCCGGGGGGGCUGUGGGGCCCCCCAAAAACCCCCCGAGCUCGGCCGCUCCGACCCCCAGCGCCCCUUCUACGACAUCUGGGGGGAGCACAACCCCCUGGACGCGCCCCUGGCCGGGCAGGACCCCUGGUACCUGCAGCAGACCAAGAGGCUCAGGGUGCAGCGCCCCCCCCGGCUCCAGGCCAAGCCCUCGCCCCUCCCCCCCGUGGAGGUCAUCGGCCAGGGGGGCUCCUACAACCCCCCCUUCCAGGACCACCAGGAGUUGCUGCUGCGGGCGCUGGAGGUGGAGACGAGGAGGAGGAGGGAGGAGGAGAAGGUGGAGAGGAGGCUGAAGGUCACCGAGGAGCCGCCCUCGCAGGAGGCCGUGCUGCGGGAGCAGCUGCAGGGGCUGCUGGAGGAGGAGGAGGAGGAGGAGGAGCGGGAUGAAGAGCGGGACGAGGAGCAGAACCCGCCCCGAAAGCGGGAACAGCCCGGCCGGAAAACGGAGAAACAGCGGCGCAGGGAGAAGGAGCAGAGGGAGAAGGCCGGUGCCCGUGCCCGCGCCCGCCUGGCGCUGCAGCGGCGGCAGGGGCUGUUCCGGCUGCGCCUCAGGGACGGGCUCGGGGCUGGGGCUGUGGGGUCAGGGCUGGGUUUAUGGAUCAAUGAUGGAUCUAUGGGAUCAAUAACGGAUCAAUAACGGA